GUGGGGCAACAUGACCACACAACCCCUCUUCCACUGCUUAGAGAAACCCGGGCUGCUAGGUUUUGCAGUGAUUCUGGGUCAAUGUCCAACUGUAAGAGAGCCCUAUGCCAAAUCCUCCACCAUCAUCAUGUUUUCAUCUUUGCAGGGGGAGGGAGGGUUGACUACGAGGCAAAGUGGGGGGAGAGUCAGACACACGCGGGGCCUAGUCGCCACAUCUUUUCAUGCGAAGAAGCUGUGCCGCUAAACCACCCGUUUUUGGUUUCCAAAAACAACUCGGGCCCGGACCUCAGUCCGCGGUCUAGAGUUUGAUAGCGGACCGUUUGAGACGGGAGUACGUCGGUGUGUAGCUGCCAGUCAGCCCCUGUGCCCCGACCACCAUCAUGGGAGACAGUAGAGAUUCCCACAGCCCGGACAGUUCGUCUGUCUCCUCCCCUCCAUCGGGGCAGCGCUCGCCUCCGCUGGUUCCCUCAGCUGCAGCUUCCAUGACCUCCCUGCCUCCCGUUACCACCACCGGGGUCAACAGCCCCAUCAGUAGCAUCGGUUCCCCUUUUUCCGUCAUCAGCUCUUCACUGGGCUCGCCCUGCCUUCCUGGCACGCCAUCGGUGGGCUACGGCCCCAUCAGCAGCCCGCAGAUCAACUCAACAGUGUCCAUGUCAGGGCUCCAUGCAGUGAGCAGCUCCGAUGAUGUGAAACCUCCAUUGGGCUUGAAGCCGAUGUCUCCCCAGAGUCCAGGGCCGAUGCUUUCCCAGAAGCGCCUUUGUUCCAUCUGCGGAGACAGAUCUUCUGGUAAGCACUACGGUGUGUACAGCUGUGAGGGCUGUAAAGGCUUCUUCAAGCGAACCGUGCGCAAAGACUUGACCUACACCUGUCGGGACAGUAAAGUGUGUAUGGUGGACAAGAGACAGAGGAACCGCUGCCAGUACUGCCGCUACCAGAAGUGCCUGGCCAUGGGCAUGAAGAGAGAAGUGGCCAAGAUGAACGACAGAUCUGUCCAAGAGGAACGUCAGAGGAACAGGGAACGAGAAGGCGGCGAGGUCGAGUCGACCAGUGUGGUGAACGAGGAGAUGCCGGUGGAAAAGAUUUUGGAAGCGGAGAUGGCCGUGGAGCAGAAGACGGAGCUUCACACCGACGAAAGUUCAGGUGGCAGCUCUCCCAACGAUCCGGUCACCAACAUCUGUCAGGCAGCUGACAAGCAGCUCUUCACCCUGGUGGAGUGGGCUAAGAGGAUCCCUCACUUCUCUGAGCUGGCCCUGGACGACCAGGUCAUCCUGCUACGUGCAGGCUGGAAUGAACUCCUGAUUGCAUCGUUCUCCCAUCGCUCCAUCUCUGUGAAGGAUGGGAUCUUACUGGCCACCGGCCUGCACGUCCACAGGAACAGUGCUCACAGUGCAGGCGUUGGGGCCAUCUUUGACAGGGCGCACAAUGCCGAGGUUGGGGCCAUAUUUGACAGGGUUUUGACGGAGCUCGUAAGCAAGAUGAGAGACAUGCAGAUGGACAAGACGGAGCUCGGCUGCCUUCGAGCCAUCAUCCUCUUCAACCCAGAUGCCAAGGGUUUGUCUAACCCCAGCGAGGUGGAGCAGCUGAGAGAGAGGGUGUACGCAUCGCUCGAGUCCUACUGCAAGCAGAAAUACCCCAAUCAGCAGGGCAGGUUUGCCAAGCUCCUCCUCCGGCUCCCAGCGCUGCGCUCCAUUGGUCUAAAGUGCCUGGAGCACCUGUUCUUCUUCAAACUGAUUGGCGACACACCCAUUGACACCUUCCUAAUGGAGAUGCUGGAGGCCCCCCACCAGCUCACCUAGAGGAUGCCAGGUUUGGCCCGGUCGGGAUCCGAUGCACACCAGGAUCGCCAACAAGUCACCCCACGUUGGGCUGUUAGGCCUCUCCUGUUAGUUUUACUGUUCCGGCUCUGUCACGCACACACACACACACGCACACACUCUCACACACACACACACACACACACACACACACACACACACACACACACAGGCUAAUUAUCAGGAUGCUCAUGAAUUGACAUGCAAUACAUGGAUAAUAUGGAUGAGCAGUAUGCUAAUAUACACUCACACUCUCUCACACACACACACACACACACACACACACACACACAUGUACCAUCUUUUCCCCAACUCGCUUUUCCACCAUAGAGGUUACGACUAAAAGAAUACAAGCCCUUUUUAUCACACACAAAGUGUAAUAAAAAUCCUAAAUUCACCUUCAAUUUUCCCAUUUCACAGUGGGCUUUCUGCUUUUCUGUAACUGGUAUACGGCCCUUGGGUGACUUAGUUACACGGCUAGCCGGUAACUUGUUCAUGUAUGGUUUUUGCUUAAAAUCAGGUGCAUAUGAUUUCAGUCAUUUGUCCAUCAUCAAAUGAAUUAAGUUGGUAUUGGUCCGGAGGUGUCCUACAAUGGACGGGCUGACAGGCUGACAGGCUGAGCUCAUCCAAUCUUGUUAACAUUGAAAUAUGUUAUGCUUUUGUUUGAAUAAUCAUGCUGAAACUUGUUUUAGUUUCUAUUUUGAAGUACUGUACUCAUGAAAUGAGAGCUUUUUUCCAAGGCAUUGAAAUCCAGGAAAAGGGGAGUGGGAGCACUUUGUUGAACAGACGGACUUUUCCCUCCCGCCCUGAUGUGCACAGCGAAGAAUGACUUGAAUUUUUCUUAAUUUUUUUAAUUUUACACUCACUAUUUAGGCAUUUUGUUGGCAUUUUAAACAACUAGAGUCUCACAGGAAGUACAGCUUCAUGCAAGACAAAAAUUAUAGUUGUUUGUCUUUUUAUCUCUGUGUCCCCCCAAAUCCUCCAUUCGCUGGUGGUCAUUUAUGCACUUUUGUGAGUUGUAACUGUGUAAAUGUUCCUGUUUCCUAGAAAUGACCAUCAAUUCUCAGAUACCUAAGAUGACCUUGAAGGUACUAAAUGUAGGGUUUUCUCAUUAUUGCAUCGUCGUCCAAUCAGAUGUGAGGAUUUGUGAUAGAACCUGCUAAAUGAUGGGCCACUUCCUGUACAGAUGAACACAGUGGGAUUGGUCCGCCCCUAGCUGAGCCGUGUGAGGUAUUCAUCAUGCUGCACUCUGUUUAGGUGCAAAAAGCUGAAUUGUUGUGCAACAUCAACGAUGUAGGAUAAAAAAAGACCAGCUAAUAUAUUUGACAGUGGCAAUAAUGCAACAUUUCAACUCACCGAAUCGUCAAUCAAUAUCAAAUUUGGCUUAACUGUGAUCCUUCUGCAUCCCACCGCUCAUGGAUGAAUCACCGGCUGCAUGUAGAUUGGCAAACAACGCACCGGUGUUUGUUGUGUUACUGUGAUGCAAUAAUGUUCUAAUGGGUGCUGUACAAUGGGAAUCCAGCGUGUAUUGGCUGUUGUACAAUAAAUGUAAAUAGUCCAAAAGAAAAACAGAUGCCUGUGAAACUUGUGGCUCCAACAAACGCAUUUAAAAGCUCCGUGUUGUUUUCUUUGCUGGUCGAAUCGGCAUGAGGCUGGCCUUCUGUGUGAGGUCAUCACCAUGAAGGUGUUAUUGAGGCCGAGGCCACACCUCUCUGCUGCUUUUGCACCGACUUCUGCCGAUGUUCCCCGUCGGUCUCAGUAACGGAUUUCCAUUGACAACUGUGAAUGAGAAUGUUUUGGGGGCGGCUGAAUCUGAACAGUCAAGUGCAACUGCCACACGAGGACACACACAGUAGACUAUGAAUUAGGCGGUGAGCAGUACAGAUUCAUGACGGGUUGUUCUGGUAGUAUUUAAAAGAGCGCUGACGUUCCCAGGCCUUGUUAUUAGUCAGCACAUUUAAGAACAAUGAGAAUCGUACACUCUACAGGGAAGAGGCUCAGCCGUCCUCUACCAGGUGCUAAAUAACUGAUGUGGUUAGCUUAAGAUGUGCACUUUUACAUCAAUGCAGCAAACAGUAUGCAAGUUGGCAGACAUCCAACAGGUCUGCUGAAGAUGUAGGUUUCCCCCUUUUUAUCUUUUUACUUCAUGACCCCUGACUUUGUUGCAGAUUCCCUACCAUGGGAAAUAAACAUCAGCUUGUACAUUUUGUCUGUGGCUUAUCAGUGUUUGUGCUCCUCCAGACACAGCCAGGGUUUGAGUUUUUAGUAUUUUAGAAAGCAAUGAGAGUAGCUGGUGAGUGUUGGGGUCAGAAUGAGCUUCCUGUCCUGCGGAUAGUCCAAAUACUUCUCAGAGAGGAUCCGUGCCCCCGUCCCCACAUGUGAUGCGGGCUCGGAGGCUGACCGUUAGAUGGCCUGUAAGACAGGUGGUUUAACAUGUCAGUAAUGUGGUCUAACCAUAAGACUUUGGUGGUGUUGUAGUUUUUCUGCGGCCGUGCAUACGCACAGCCCACUCGGCAGAGUAGUGUCCAGAGAGCUCAUUCAUCUCCUUCUGGUGUGAGCUGGUGAAGAAAAGCAUGAUGCGCUUUGGUCUCAGAGACUUGAGUGCAAACACACUUUUCCCCGUCAGGCUCAGAGGUCUUGUGAUCAGCUGUGGGAUGAAGUCUGUGAGAGCAACCCACCAACGGGCGGACUUUAUCUCGCCGUCACCUUUGGUUUUAAUGGACCUUCCUCUGCUGAAUGUUGAAGCGUGUUUCUAGCUGGAGAUGGGAACCGUUACACAAUCAGUCGAGUGCUGGAGGCAGGAAGACAAAUACAUACCAGUCACAUACUGAGCAAACACCAAUCAAAGUAAAAGAUAUGCAACUCGUUUAUUCAUAUUGUGGUAAACGGUUGCAAAUUGUGCGUUGUGUUUUUGGGUCAGCUGAUGCUUUAUCCUGCUCCCGCAGCCUUGAAUCCACCACCCUCACUCGUUUAUUGAUCACUGCCAAGUUGUUUGCGGAUGUUGCCGUUUAAAAAAAUAAAGAAAACGCCUCAGGGCCACUCAGUCCCCGGUGCUUGUUGUGUCAUCUAUGUUGUUAUUCUUGUGCAGCCUACUAGAGAGUGUGCGCUAACCGUGGCCUGUGAAGCGCACACUAAAGAGGUGCUGUUAUAGGAAUGGACUGACAGCUCGGGUGGAGAGGGGAGGACUGGUCUCUGGAAGGAGGAGUAGACCAGUGUGUGGCCCCCUCUUGGUGCUCACGAUGUGCAUUGGUGCUUUUUUAAAUUUGUAUUAUUCAAGAAGCAGGGAAAUGCAUCUAUGACUGAAACACAAACUAGGAGCGAUAGAACAGGGGUGGCCCUGCUCUUCUCUCCUGCCCCCGCUGGAACCUGUCGGUGUGUGUCACGGUGGUAAGAGUGCAUGAAACACACCGUCACAGUGUGUGGCUCUAAUUGUGGACACAGAAUCCACAGGUCCGGCUUGCAGCAGGAUCUGGUGCCGUUGAUUGGACCUGAUGGGAUGCAUCAACUUAAUGUUUAAGAAGGAGGUUUUACGAUGGAGUAAAUGUGGAGGGUGAGUCAGAGAUGUAGAAGCAGGGGAGGGAAGAAGGGACCAAAGAAACUCGAAUCUGGAGUUAUGUCGAUCAAGAAGGAAAGCCCAGUUCCCGGUAGAUCUAGAAUCUUCCUUAAUUGUUUACUCUUCAAAUUGAAAAAGAAAACAACAAAAACUCAAACUGUUUAUUUGUCUUGUUUCCCGUCUCCCUCUUCACCGACUAUGCUGUUCACCUUUUGUUUAUUACAAAGUAUUAAACAAGUACAAGAACUGUAAAAUCCGAA